ACUGGCUUCUCCGUACUUUGUCAGACUCCGUACCUGAGGAGGUCAGAGGCAGGUAUCCGUUUGCCAUUAUGUCGGGUGACCUUUCCUCCAUGUCGGGCAGUUUUCGUCCCGUUCGUAGGGAAAGACCGCCUUCGGUCGGUUUGGUGGCCCGCUGCCCCUGUUCAGGCCCGACCUGUUUUGUGGGCCUUAAGUGGCUAUGGGCCUGAAGCCCAAGUGUCUCAAUAUUUGGCCCAACACAAGCAAACAAUGCAUGUAUUAUUUGUGCAGAAAAUUCAAAAAAGCAAUGCAUUGUGAACAAUACAUGCAUGUAGUGUUUGUGCAGAAAAUUAAGGAAAACAAUGCCUUGUGAACAAUACAUACAUUAUAAGUAUUCCCACCAAACAAUCACUAAACCAAACGACCACUACUGUGAAGUGUGAACUGUCAAUUGAGCGAGUAUUCGACUCUUCCCCCCGCUCCGCCUCAUCUUUUAUUCCGCGUCUCCCCCCCUCGUUCUCGUCGCCCCCCAUUACAGAAAAUCUCACUUCUUCCUUCUCCUUUGCCAUACGCCAUGCAAGCUCUGCAAUCUUUACAAUCCCCUUCUUCUCUCCGCCCUUCCCCACUGCAGCCCCUCCAACGGAAAUUCCGCAAUGCGACCCGACCCGCAUUCUUCUCCCAGAGGAAGCUAUCCGCCAUCACCGCCUCUGCUUCCACCACCAAGAAUGUCUCCGUUUCAGCUCCCAAGCGGGAGACUGACCCGAAGAAGCGGGUCGUAAUCACCGGUAUGGGAUUGGUAUCCGUUUUCGGCAACGACGUGGAUGCUUACUACGACAAGCUGCUGGCUGGGGAGAGUGGGAUCACCCUCAUCGACCGCUUUGAUGCGUCCAAGUUCCCGACCCGGUUUGCCGGGCAGAUCCGGGGGUUUAAUUCUCAGGGUUAUAUCGAUGGGAAGAACGAUCGGAGGCUUGAUGAUUGCUUGAGGUACUGCAUUGUGGCGGGGAAGAAGGCCCUGGAAGAUGCGGAUCUUGGUGGGGAUAAGCUAUCCAAGAUCGAUUUGGAGAAAGCUGGUGUGCUCGUUGGAUCAGGGAUGGGAGGUCUUACUGUAUUUUCUGACAAUGUCCAGACUCUAAUUGAGAAAGGGCACAGGAAAGUUAGCCCAUUCUUCAUUCCUUACUCCAUAACAAACAUGGCUUCGGCUCUGCUGGGAAUUGAGCUUGGUUUCAUGGGGCCAAAUUAUUCAAUUUCAACAGCAUGUGCCACUUCUAAUUAUUGCUUCUAUGCUGCUGCAAACCAUAUCCGCCGGGGUGAGGCUGAUUUGAUGAUUGCUGGUGGAACUGAAGCUGCUAUUAUUCCUAUAGGGUUGGGAGGAUUUGUAGCAUGUAGGGCCUUAUCUCAGAGAAAUGACGACCCACAAACUGCUUCGAGGCCAUGGGACAGAGAUCGGGAUGGUUUUGUUAUGGGUGAAGGUUCAGGAGUCUUGAUUAUGGAGAGUUUGGAACAUGCAAUGAAACGUGGGGCACCCAUCAUUGCUGAGUACUUGGGAGGUGCUAUUAACUGUGAUGCUUAUCAUAUGACUGACCCAAGAGCUGAUGGACUUGGUGUUUCUACUUGUAUCGAGAGAAGUCUUGAAGAUGCUGGUGUCUCGCCUGAAGAGGUCAACUACAUAAACGCCCAUGCGACCUCCACUCUUGCUGGUGACCUUGCGGAGAUAAAUGCUAUAAAGAAGGUGUUCAAGAACGCUUCGGAGAUUAAAAUCAAUGCAACCAAGUCUAUGAUAGGUCACUGUCUUGGUGCUGCUGGAGGUUUGGAAGCAAUCGCUACGGUGAAGGCUAUCAACACGGGAUGGCUACAUCCUUCCAUCAACCAAUUUAAUCCAGAGGCCUCCGUUGAAUUCAACACAGUAGCCAACGAGAAGCAGCAGCACGAAGUGAAUGUUGCCAUCUCAAAUUCCUUCGGCUUUGGAGGACACAAUUCAGUUGUGGCGUUUUCGGCAUUUAAGCCCUGAGAGUAGAGCUGGGGGAGUUUAACCAUUAACAUCAGAAGGGGUCACUCUUUCCUUUGCUGUAGAAAAUUCUCCGAGACGGGGAAAUCUGCAGUUGUGGUUGUUGGCAACUGAUUUACUAGGCUAAGGAAGUCUGUUUACAGAGAAAUGGUUCAGGUUUUUUACGAUUUGUAAUUUUGCUUCUGCACUCUUUUCAACUCCUUGCGGCCGGGCGUUGUGUAGGAUGAUUUUUUGGUCUCUAGCUGAGUCAUUUGUAGCAGAACCAGCAAGAAUAGCCAAGUAUCAGAAGAUAAGUGUUGCGCCUAGUUUUCUGCCUUUGCUCUUUGAUUUGUUAUUUAUAUAUGUUUAGCUUCCUCAGAGCCAUAUAUGAAAUGUCUUUAGUCUGACCGAAAAAACAUCCUAUCGGAAUCUAAUUCGGUAGACGAUUUUUAGUAGUAUGGACCUAUUUAACUACGAUUUCAGCAUAAGAUAUUCUAUUAUUGAUUUUUCUGAUAUCCCAUCCGAAACGGUUUUCCAAAUAAAAAACACAAAAGUUUGAAGUUUGGUAAAGUCAAAGCCAAUUUAACGAUCAACCAAUGGAAAGGACAGGAAAAUACCAAAAUGUCUUGCGUAUCAAGUCCUGUGGAAACUGGAUCCAAAGGUACCAUUAUGUGCACCUAACAACCACAAUAUUGAAGAUCUCUAGAUGCCAAGUGGAAGUGGUCACACUACCUACUUGCAUGUGUGUUGACUUGAGUACCCUGAAUGUUUAUCCAUGUGUGCAAUGCAUGAGUUUGAUGUUUAGUUGGCAUCAAGUUCAUCUAGUGCAAAUGGGAGGUAGUUGGGAGAUUUGUUGCUUUGAACUCAAAACUUCACUUGGCAUCAAAGAUCAAAAAAUCAUUCCGUAUCGGUGGUUUGACUAGAAUUUUUUUCUAUUGGAAGCUAAAUCUAUAAGUGAACUUGUCAAGAUUUCGAGUUUGCGGAACUCUCCUUCGUAAAGGAUCCUCCAUGACCAUUUAGUUUGAUUAUCAUCCAUGGAGUGUUGUCUUGGUUAACACUCAGUCCUGCUCUUGGGCAAACCUCUAGCACACUCUAGCUAUGCAUAGCUAAUCCAACUAGCUUCAUUCAAAGUAUGAGUAGGCAGCUAAACUUGGAUAAAAGAGGCUAUGAGCUAGUGACACUAGUUGGAAUUGGAACCAUCUCGAGUGGUUGAGUGAUGUGGUGUGAAUUAGGUCACAUUUAUCAUGGGCCAACUCAUCAAUGACAUAGUGGAUGAAAAGUGGACCAAUAUCCCAAAGGAAUUAUGAAUGGUUGGCAUCUCUCUGGAUAUGGGGGCUAAAUGUUUGAAAUCUGACUGAACCAUUGUGUACAAAUGAAAUGUUGUUGCCUACCUUACAAGUUAGCCAAAACGGUGUUGUCUUUGAGCUAACAAGUACUACCCAAGCAUGCUCUGUUCUUUAAAUGGAUCAAAUGCUCUUGUUCUGGAUUUUGGGCUUCUUCCUUUGGUCCAAGCCCAGCAAGGAUGCAAGACAAGAAAAAGGAAUUAAGAGUGGUGGUGGACUGGUGGUAUUAACUAUUAAGUGUCUGUUUACUUUCAUUUCUGUUUUCUGUUUUUUAGAAAAUAGAUGGUGUAAACAAGUGAAAAUAAUAUUUUAUUGUUUUC